ACAGAUUUGUUGCUCACCGUCCGUCAACGCGUCACAUUCUGCCCUGCGAAAAAGCGCGAUUGCUGAUGGUGAUUGCACGUGCACGUACGGGACAUCGUCGGCGCCAGGCGCUCAAAACCUUCCCACAGUUUCCGAGUCCCACCCAUAUUCGAUGAUCAAGACUACUAGUUGCCCAACUCACCUUGUGAAGAGAGUGGCCUACCACGAAAUGAAGCACAAAGCAGGCUUUCUGUCUCUUACUGAAGAACUCCACUUUUACAUUCUGAGCUUCCUUUCUUGCCGAGAUAUUCUUCGUUGUACAUCUGUAUGUAAGGCCCUUCGACAGACGUACAUGUCCUCCUCCGUGCUUCAGUACAUCAUCGAACUCAGCGGCCAACGGUUGCUCCCUGUCCCUAACACAGACAACCGCACUUCUGCUUCCAGCCACCUACAGACAUUGAGGGACAGGGCAUACGCAUGGUUCAAGUUUGACAUGCACUCUUUCAAAUCAAUCACCUUACCAGAAAUUUUUUACGCCAAGGAACAUCUCAUCAUUGAUGGGCAUCUCUACUUCUGGGACAAAUAUGCAGAGAUGGCCGCGAUCAUUCCAAUACUACCAAAGUCCUCACAACGAACAAUCGAGCGCAACUGGUCUCCAGAAAUGCUGCGUUCGGUGCCCAACUCAGUCACCCUAGAUGUGUUGAUGGACCCAACGCAAAACCUGAUCGCCGUGGUGUAUUCUGUUGUCGAUGAUCUCGAGAUCAAUGAGCCGGUCCGUAUUGACCUUAGAGAAUUGAAUGGUGAUAUUAUUCACCCCAAAGCUGCUGGACGGACACUCCUUGCAUCGGGGCCAACCGCAUACAACAACAGCCGCACAACAUGGGCGAAGCUCAAAGGUUGUGGGAGGCAUAUUGCUUUGCAGCGCGUCAUCUUGGUUGCAGCUAGUGAUGGAAGACUGCCUCGCAUCCGGUACAUGUGGCAGCUGCAGAUUUGGGACUGGCAAAACUCGACGACAUCUAGUAGCGUCCUCGGCGACAUGAUACUCCGCCCAUCUAACAACCGAAUCGAUUUUUGUUUCCUCGGAAUCAAUAGGUUGCUCGUUGUCGCCCACGAUCUGAAGCUUUAUUCAAUCGAGGAUAUGUCCCAGACACCACAGUUGUUAGCCUGUUUCCUGUCCCCCCUCCCAUUGUCGUACCCACGGUGCCUCCUUCCGAUGGAUAAUAUUGAGCAGCUGCAAAUGCAAGUCCAACAAAUGAUGUACACAUCAGACCCUACCCAUCGACUACUAUGCCUUACCACAUCCUUUGGUGGUAGCACUCUAGUCUUCGUCAUAUCUACGAGGAUUUUCUUCGAUCUUGACGGAAUAGCAGUAGCAACGCCGAUACCUUGGAAACUUUGGGGCCCUUCAAAUGCUCGUAUUUUCCGGCACCGAUAUCGAUAUCCAUGCAGACCUCACAUUAGCGGAAAUAGAGUGCUGCAGGCAUUCGCAGUCGGCACACCGGACUCCAUGGAAUAUGAAAUACAUAUGAUGGACUUCAGCCCCCUAGCUGUGACGAACAGGCAGGGUCUAGGGCGAGUGGUGAAAGAACCAUCUACGAUAGAAAUCAUCGGCCUCGCAUCUGACAAUUCACGGGAGGAAUUACAAACAUCCUUACCUUACGUCGAGGUCGUUUCGGACAGGAAGAUUAGUGUUGGCGAGUUGGAGAGCAUAUGGCUCGAUAAUGAUAGGAUUUAUUUGCUCUGCGUAAACCGGGACCGGAGAUCUGUGGCAGGUUUUACUCAGCAUCUUACAUCGCAGUCUAGCAGGCUUGAGGUCAUCGACGUCUAGAGCAGAGUACGUUGUCAGGUUCUCGUGUAGUCCUUUAAAUUUACUAUCGAAGACACAUCGUCCCAAACUGGUGUCAGAUAGGGAAUUGCUCCUGCCUUCCAGCUUGAUACCUGAUGCGGCGGUUGAAUGUCAAAGGCAAGAUGAAGAGUGGAUUGGC